UUCCGAAUCAUCAUGUUCUCCCCAAACCACUCUGCACCUUCCUCCUCGUUCGACCGUGCGUGCAGUGCCAGCGCAGUGUUCACGAACCCGUCGCUCGUCGUCGCCAUCUUUGGGUUUUGCCCCAGCUGCCUCGACGUAUGCCCAAAGCUCUACGAGGUUCGCGGCUCGAGGGGAGAUCCGUACUACUACCUCGUUGCGAGCCUCGCCGGCAAGCACGUCACCAACGGCUACGUCGACCACGAAGCCAACCUUUGCCGCGACGAGCUCGUGGCGCGCGCCAAGGCCAGUGUCAAGGACCACAAGGCUUUGUAUCGCGCUCUUGCCGUGCGCCACAAGAUGGCCGAGAUCGUCGCGCCCAUCUCACACCACCACUUUCGGCAGGCCGGCGGCAUCCACCAAUUUGACAUCUACGACGUACGCCCGACGCUGUUUGCGCCAAGCUGCCGCGUGGACCCGACGUCGACGACGUGGGGUCGUGACGAUUUGGUCAAGAUUUUCAACUGCGACGGAAUCGAGUUUCGUGAGAACGGGAUGGGUGUCCCCAACGGCGUUGCAUGGCACUGGUACAACGCGUCCGAGGACGGUAGUUGCGCCUUCUGCGCGACGGCUGGCACCGUCGAGAUCGACUACGCGCGGCAAGACGAGUGCUCGUACGGCGAGUACAACGAGAUUUCGGCCAACUGGCGCGCAUUCAUCACCGCCCACGGGCUGCACAUCAAUGCGUUCCGAAGCGGGCGCAGCGGCGCUCAGAUGGCGCUCGUAACAAACAGCGACGCGCACCGCGCCUUUUGCCGCGACGUCGUGCAGCCGUUGCGAGCGCAUCUCACUGCGCAUCUGAGCGACGUCAAGUCAUGA